UUCUGUGAUUCCAAUGGGUUGGAGUUUCUGCCAUUGCGAUUCUGGAUUGGGUUGUGGGUAUUUGCAAUCACAACUUUAGCUGUGGCAUUGGAAGGGAGUUUUCUCAUUCGCUACGUGACCCGUUUCACAGAGGAGAUCUUUGCCAUCCUGAUCUCACUCAUCUUUAUUUAUGAAGUUGUCAAGAAACUGAUGCAGAACAUCACAGGGGAGGAGAUCUACAUAGACGAGGGCUUCAACAACGGGGACCAUAUAGUGGAGUUCACCAAUCAGCCAAAUACAGCUUUGUUGUCUCUCAUUUUGAUCAUCGGCACAUUCUUGAUUGCUUACUUUCUCAGGGUGUUCCGCAACAGCAAGUUUUUGGGCAGAAGUGUGCGUCGUGCCAUCGGAGACUUUGGCGUGCUGAUUUCUCUGCUGUGUAUGGUGGUGCUGAGUGUGGUCAUGAGUCAGACAUACGUCCAGAAACUGGAUAUAACAGACCCGCUGACACCCACCUCACCCACUCGUGGCUGGUUCAUCAACCCCAUGGGAGAACACCAGACCACCCCGCUGUGGUUGGCUUUUGCUGCGGCCCUGCCUGGCUUCCUCAUCUUUAUUUUGUUGUUUAUGGAAACCCAGAUCACAGAAAUGAUUCUGAACAAGAAAGAACGGAAACUGAAGAAGGGAUCUGGAUAUCAUAUUGACCAGCUGAUCUUAGGCUUCCUGACUCUGAUGGGAGGCCUGUUUGGCCUGCCGUGGAUGUGUGCAGCAACGGUGCGUACAGUGGCUCACAUCUCUGCCUUGAGUGAGUACAGUCGGACACAUGCUCCAGGGGAGAAGCCUGAAUUGUUGGGGGUUAAGGAGCAGCGGGUCACCAACUUUGCUGUGCAUUUGCUCAUUGGGCUAGCGGUCACUGCUGGUCCAGUUCUGCGAGCUGUGCCCGUCCCUGCUCUGUUUGGUAUCUUCCUGUACCUAGGAGUGUCCACUCUCAGUGGGGUGCAGAUGUGUGAGAGGAUCAAGCUGCUGUUGAUGCCAGUCAAAUACCACCCCACUCUCAGUUACGUCCGCAAGGUGCGCACCAUAGUGAUGCACAAGUUUACCCUGAUACAGCUGGCCUGCCUGAUUGUUUUGAUCGUGAUCAAGUCCACGGCGGCCUCACUGGCUUUCCCCUUCAUGCUGACCCUGUUGAUACCUCUGCGGCUGAAUCUGAUGCCCAAGUUCUUUGACCACGCUGACCUGGAAGAGUUGGACAACGAAGAGGAGGAGUUUGAGCUGGAUGAAGAGGAUGAUCCUGACUUCUACCAGCAAGCUCACAUGCCCAUCUAA